AUGGAUGAGUGGUCAAAUUGGGCAAAUUGGGCCAACGAAGCAAAUAUAGCUGUGGAAAUGGAAGACUUAAUGGCGGCUAAUUCGAUGUGGAAUAUGCAAAAUCUCGACGCCCCGGAGGAACAUGAUCUUGAAUCCGCUUUCGAGGAGCUUGAAACACUAAUUGCUGGAAUGGAUCCCGAUUCUCUCCAUCAAGUGAUUGAACUUCUGGAUGUUAACAAGAAUAUCCGCAAUCGCUGGGCUCAUCUUCAGAACGUACUCGGACUAGCCAGAAGUUUGGCCACAAAAUGGUUUCAUGCACCCGAAAUGCCAACUACUGAUAAGACUGCUUUGGCACCUCUUUCUGAUGGAUAUGAUGUUGACGGACAGGAUAAUUAUGCCAAAAUCGUCACAGUAUUGGUAGGAAGUGGAAAGCAGCAAGUCAAGUUCACAGCCAUCGCAGGAGCUUUGGCCGCCCAAGCCAAGUUUUUCAAGCCCCUUUGCGAUGAUAGAUGGAUGUGUAGUCUUGAUGGAGUCAUUGAACUUGAAGUUCACCAGCCAGAAAGUUUCAAGAUCUUCAUCGCUUGGCUUUAUACUCGGGAUAUCAAGAUAGCGGAGUGUCUCGUGAAGAUUGAACCAGUUGCUCAAGGAAAGACCAACGUCUAUUUUCGAAAGCAGUCUCACAAGACCCGAUGGUUUCAAUUACUUCACUGCUAUUUUCUGGCCGACUAUAUCGGUGCACCACAAUUUGCAAACUGCAUCAUGGAUGCUUUGGUUUUUGCCUACAAAGCUUGGGUUGAAACCGACUUUACAAAGGUGGACGUGGAUCCAAUUUUUGAUGAUAAGAAGACGGAAGAGCUGGUGGAGAUCAAUACAGUCGAGUCAUCCCCAUUGAGAGCUAUGAUUCGCGACAUCUUGGCACCUUAUUCUGCAAUGAGAAGUGCAAAGCCAACUCUGGAUCAGCGUCUCCGUCGGAUCUUCACCCCGCAUUAUUCGUCUCGAAAUCAUCAGGUUCGAAAACAUACGACUACAUUUCCAUUUUUACUGCCUCUAUCUCAAAACGAUUCCCCUUCGAAUCAAACAAAUGCACUUCAAGCAUCUCAUGUACCUUUGCAUCCAUUUCUAGGCCACCCACCUCCGCUUUCAAUUCCAAACCAUCCACCUCUGCCUGCAUUUGCAAACCACCCACCUCAUCAUGCAUUCCAAAACCUUCCACCUCCGAUAUCUCCUCCUCAAUUGCAUCCACACGCACCGCAACCAUUUCAUCAACCCAACCCUCGUCGCUCUCGUCUUUUUGGACUGAGAAGAUGCAGUGAUCUAGACCUGACGAAUGUAAAGCUUGAUAGACCCGAGAAUUCAAAGAAGAUUUGGGAAGAGCAUCGAUGCAAGUACCAUAUACAUGAAAAGAGCAAAGAUUGUUGCGACGAAAAGUGA